AGUCGAUUAAAGAGUCCACACACACGGAGUGAAGAUGGCGAUGAGAACAGCGUUGCGGUGCCUCUCUGCAAACUUUUCCCCGAGACUCCCGCAGCUCUCGCCGGUCUCGCAGGUCUCAGCAGCCCGGCUGCUGUGGAGGGGAGGUUCCCCGCGGACUCUGAGCACGACCUCGGCCCUGUCCUCAGGUAACAAAAUAAAACAAGACACCCGAAUAACAGCUGCUCAAAGUAGCUGUGUUUGGACUUUACUACAUGCGGCUGGCCACACAUUCCUGUCUGUUCCACGCUGUCUGUGUCACUUUCCCACAGCGAGGAGGGGAAUGCUGUCUCUCUAAAGUUGUCUUUAACAUUGAAGUUGUGGUAUUUAUGAAAGAAAAAGUCACAUUUACUGUGUUCAAAGUAUGCGAGGCUUUAUCUCUCCAUUAGCUGUCAUUGAAAGAGCACGAGCUUCAAAUUCUGAUUUAAUUGAUGUCCUUAAAUGACAAAUUAUCCAUGUCUCGUGAACCAAGUGGUUGCAUAUUAAAUGCUCAUGAUCACUGAUAUGUGCCUCUAACUGCUGUGAAUAUGUGCAUUUACACUGGUAAAUCUCUAAAAUGUCAACUGAUAAUCUCCUCCUACCUAUUUACAAACACUUUAUUCAUUUUCUUCACAGACAUCUUCAUUUCAGGAGUAAAAGAGCUCUUUAAAAGGGCUUUUGAACAUUGUGCAUCAUACUAUUUAGACGAUUCUCUUGCAUUUUCACCUCUCUGGACAGACUCUGCUGUCCAUACACCGGCUUCCUGCAAAGUUAACAAUCUAGUCCAUUCCUGUAUUUUUCUGCAUGGUCUAACAGCAACACUGGAAGCUGCUGAGGCACUGCUUCCCCUAGGGAGUUGUAAAGAAAGCAUGAUGUCAAAACACUCUUUCUCCUUUGUAAUUACAGAUCUGAUUUAACCAAAUACGUUUUUUGCACAUUUUCUUCCAAAUAUUUGACAGCUAUGACCUGUCCUAUACCUGUAUAAUGUUCAAAUAGCUUUUUUAAGUUAAGUCAUUUCAGCAAAUAAGUUAAAAAUGAUUGCAUAAGUUCACUUUUCAGCUUUGGUCCAUAGUACAGUAAAGUACUCUUUGGACAUCCAGUCUUCUUGACAUGAUUUACACCAUAGCAAUGAGGUUUAUUUUCCCAUCACAGGGCUCAUACUGUAUGUAAUUUAGUUCUGUAACACACUAGUGAUUCUCGUUGAAGCUGACUGAUUUCCUUGUUUUUCCUGCAGCCCUGAAGUUCACAGAUAAGCAUGAGUGGGUGCAGGUGGACGGAGACAUUGGCACAGUUGGUAUCAGCAGUUAUGCUCAGGUGGGUCGUUGCUAUGUCCUCUUAACUAAUCUUGAUUUAUGGCACACUUAGUUCAGAGGUUUUUAUAAUGGCAGGCUAGAAAAGGUGAUAUGCUAAUGUGUGCAGUUCAGUAUCUGCACUUUGUCCCAAACUGCAGGUACUAUACUAUAACAGGCUAAUUUACUGUUUUAUGACAAUGGUUUGGGACAAUUGAUGGCAGGCAAACUGCUGUGGUGUGCAGAAAAUCUCAAGGGCAAGAACUUGUUUCAAAGGUACUGAAAACUUUGAAUCAUGGCAUGAUGAUUGUUGCUGUAGAAGAAACACUAAGACAUACUGUGUCCACAUGUUGAACAUGACAGUUAAUUAGCAUCGCCAUGUUUUCCACUCGAAUCACUGAAUAUUUAAUCUCACUUACUGACAGGCUAGAAGUUCUUCACAACUAAGGAGUCAAAUGUACUAAACAAAGUCAGACCCCUAUGUUUGUUUUUGUCUCUUAUGUUGAGACACUGAUGAGAUCACAAAGAAGGCUACAGCAAAGACAUCUAAGCAUCUUGCAAAAUUGAUUUGCAGGUCACUUAUUACAAGCUGUGGCUUUGCAAAUGUUGCAUUAAUGCAGAAACAUAGUUGAAUAAUGCUGAGAGACACAAAGCUUCUUCUAUAUUACUGCCUUUGUGCUGGUCCAGUUUUUAAUCGGCAACACCCCUCACUUAGUUCAGGUACAAACCAUGAACUGUACAUGUACAGUUUAUGAUCUCAAUGAACAGAUUUACAGCUGAAUUUCACUUUGAUCAAAGUUGUAAAGCAGCACAAAAUACGAUUGCAACAAAUGUCAAGUAUUUUAUUCAGCAAGUUGUGUUCAGUUUCUACAAUAACAAAUUGUCUUAUUUUUCAAUUGCACUGCAAAAUUGCAGUAUGACAUCUAGUUGACUGUAGAAGUUUGAGUUGUAUGUCCAUACUUCAAAAGAACUGAUAAGGCUGACUGUGAUCACUGACAUUUGAGCGACUACAGUAAAGUUAGACCGUAUAAGUAUCUUUAUGAAUGCUGAGGUUCAUCAAUGCUACUCCAUAAACAAAUCUUGGAUUAUGAAGCUAGAAUAAUAAUAAAAAACGAUAAUAAUGUUACUUUAGGUGUAAUAGACCUCUGUCAUUGAGCCUUACCAUUACACUGGAUGUUGUCUAUUGCAAUGAUCAAAGGCAACUGUAAUGUUUUUCAAAAUAAGUGGUAGUUACAUCAUCCUGCUGCUUGGUGCUCAACUAUUACCUUGCGCACCAAAUGUAUAUUUAUACACAGCUGCAAAUAGACUUUACUGGAUGAUUUGUAAGAGUGAUAUAUAUAUUUUUUAACUAAUAUUCCUAGCUUUUUCAAAAACAGGGCAUUCCUUAAAAAGAAAAUAAAUAUUUGCUUGAGAAAGUUUAAAGAAUGGCUUUCAUAAAUUGAUUUGAUCUGUGAAAACUGAGUACUCUGAGUGGUAGAUAGUUUGUACACAAUUGUAGAUGUAAUUUGAUUAAUUCUGUGAAAGACAUUUAAUAAUAAUGUUGUAUUUUUAUGAAUUUGAUUUCAGGAAGCAUUAGGUGAUGUGGUAUAUUGUGGACUCCCUGAAGUUGGCCAAAGACUUGAACAAAUGGGUAAGACCCUUGAAUACUUUGCACGUUUUGUUAGUUACUAAGUGGUGUGGCGUGAUGGCAAAUAUCCAUUAUGUGUGUGUGUGUGUGUGUGUGUGUGUGUGUGUGUUAUAGAGGAGUUUGGGGCCUUGGAAAGCGUAAAGGCUGCCAGCGAGCUUUACUCACCACUGACAGGAGAGGUGACUGAGAUAAACACAGAGCUGGCAGAAAAUCCGGGACUUGUGAAUAAAGCCUGCUAUGCAGAUGGUAAGCUCAUCUAAACCACUGUUGUUUUUUGCAGCGCGUUUGUUAUUUUCAGGAAUUUCUGCCAGCAGAUUUAAUGCCCUGUCAGAUAAAUUGCCAAAACAUAACAUCUGGAAGUGUCUAUGAGAAUGUGUAAAAUGUUAGCUUUUUACAUUAUUCCUUAUUUUUCAGGGUGGCUAAUUAAAAUGAAGAUUGAAAAGCCUGAAGAACUUAGUGGCCUCAUGGAUCAAGCUGCGUAUGAUAAAUUUCUGAAGUCACUUGAAUAAAUCAAUAAACCCUCUACUGUACUGUUUUGUAAUGUAAUUUCACUCAAGGUUUUGUAGGGGAGGUUACUAACAUCUGGUGCGACCCCUUUUCUUAUCUGUGGUAUUUAUUUUGAUACUGAAAUUUUGCUAUCAAAAUAAUUUAAAAUUUUCUCUAACACCUUCAUUUUAGGAGUUUAGUGUUUUUUGUACCAACAGCCAAUUUAAGAAGCUCCUAAUCUUACGAUCUGUCAUGAAUAUCAGGUCUACUUCUGGUGCUCUGCUUCACAUUUCAAAUGAACACAGAUGUAGUAAAGGACUGGAAAGUGAUUGUAUCAUAUUCAUUCAAUAAAAUUUGGUCUUCUAACACCC